AGAGAGAGAGAGAGAGAGAGAGAGAGAGGUGGGAUCGGGGUGGUGUCGGCUAAGGCGUCUUAGAGACAGCAGCAGCGUUGACAACAGCAGCAGCUUCCAUUUCGCCGGAAAACCAAACCAAACCAAACGAACGGAAUAUAGAGCAAGCGAGCGAGCGAGCGAGAGAGAGAGAUACAGCGAGCGGGAGAGAGAGUCAUUCUGGAUAAACGGAUUAUUUUCUGGGGGUACCUUGCCACCGAGACAAGGGCGUUGACAUCGUUCUAGCGGAGAGCGAACGCUCCGUCGCCUGGCCGCAGCAGCAGCAGCUUCAGCACCUUGGACAGAGCUCCACAAUGGCUCCUAUGGACGAGGGUGGGGCUCCCAUCGUGGAGUUGCCGAUGGGCGUCACCGUGGUGAGCGUGUUCGGCCUGGUCUUCACCGCCUCGGCCUUCGCCUGGAUCUGCUGCCAGCGCAAGAACAACACCAAGUCCCAGAAGACACCUCCCUACAAGUUUGUGCACAUGCUCAAAGGGGUGGACAUCUACCCCGAGAGCCUGGGCGGCAAGAAGAAGUUCGCCAACGCCGACGCCGACGCCGCCGAGGCGGGGAAAACCGACGUCAACGGGAACUGCCACGCCCCCUCCCCCCCCCUCCCGGCCGCCUCCCCCAACGGCUCCAGACCCGGCCUCCACCUGGACCUGGAGAACCGGGAUCUGAACGGCAACUUCCCCGACCAGGCCACCUACAACCAGCAGAAGGUCCGCAGCUCCCCUGACCUGGAGCCGCCCUCGCCCCGCCUGGGGUGCGCCCGGCCCGGGGCGACGGACCGCCGCCGCGACGCGCCCUCCCCCUCCAGCUCCCUGUCCAGCCUGGCCCCCACCCCGGCGGCCCCGCUGGACAACCGCCCCCCCCAGGGGGAGGUGGAGGCCCCGGCCGGCCUGGGGACGCUGCACUUCUCCCUGGAGUACCAGGCCGAGCGGAAGGCCUUCGUGGUGCACAUCAUGGAGGCCCACGGCCUGACCCCGACCGACGAGCAGUCGCUGACCUCCGACCCCUACAUCAAGCUGACCCUGCUGCCCGAGAAGAAGCACCGGGUCAAGACCCGCGUGCUCCGCAAGACCCUGGAGCCGGCCUUCGACGAGACCUUCAGCUUCUACGGCGUGGCGGCGGCGCGCGUGCCCGAGCUGGCGCUGCACUUCAACGUGCUGAGCUUCGACCGCUUCUCCCGCGACCGCGUCAUCGGCGAGACCCUCGUCCCGCUGGCGGGCCUAGACCUGUCGGAGGGCCGCGUGCUCAUGAGCCGGGAGAUCGUCAAGAGGAACGUCAAGAAGUGCGUGGGCCGUGGUGAGCUGCUGCUGUCUCUGUGCUACCAGUCCACCAGCAACACUCUGACCGUGGUGGUGCUGAAGGCCCGGCAGCUGCCCAGAACCGAGAACAACAAUGGACCCAUAGACCCCUACGUCAAGGUAAACCUGUACCAGGGGAAGAAGCGGGUGAGCAAGAAGAAAGCGCACGUGAAGAAGUGCACGCCCAACCCCGUGUUCAACGACGUCUUCGUCUUCGACCUGCCGUCGGACGGCGGCCUGCGGGACACCAGCGUGGAGCUGCUGCUGCUGGACUCGGAGCGGGCCCGCGGCGGUGGCGGCGGCGGUGGCGGCGGCGGCGGCGGCGACUCGCACGGCUCCAAGCCCGUCCUGGGGCGGCUGGUGCUGGGCACCGACGCGCCCGGCACCCCCGGCCAGCACUGGAGGGAGAUCUGCGAGCACCCGCGCCGGCAGAUCGCCAAAUGGCACGCCAUGCUGGAGGACUAACGCACAGGACGCCCCCGUCGGUCCUGUUUACCGGGGUUUUCCAUUCGCAGUGGGGGGUGGGGCGGGG